AGCAUGAGCUUCCUCAUACUUUCUUGGUAAAACGAAACUUUGCUCUCAUCAAAGAGGAAUGAAAUUCGAGAUUCUAACCUUAGAAUCCAGAGUCCGAGGAUGGAGUGCGAAAAAAGCGAAUUGAUGGAGGGAACCAGAUGGAGAGAAGAAAGAGGAGGAGCCAGUAAUGGUGAUCGGGGUCAAAGAGAAUGGAUAGAUAUUGCACGUUGCACUGCUGCGUAGCUGUCAAAAAAUGGUGGCGUCGGCGCAUGGAUAACUAUGGAUAACUUUAAAAAGAUGGCGGCGCUUUUGGUCAAACGAAGACAAAAACAAGAUCACCGACCGACCAUGGACACGAUCGCAGCAUUGCAGCAGCUGGAUCAAGAAUGUACCUCAUGGGCAAAUCAACACGCUCACUCGUGCAACCUGCUCGCAUCCCUCAUCAACAUCACCCGCCAACGAGAGCAGACGCUUGCGCAGUGGCAACAACAUCAGCAGCACCAGACUCAGCUAACAGGACAACCGUAUUCAAGGCAUGACUCCGGAAACAAGAAGCCGCUACUGGCGUCGACUUCGCUUCAGCUGUUGGUCUACAAACAGACCACAGAGAUCGAGUCUAUCGUCUAUCAGCUCUACGAUAUCAUCCAACUCUUUAAGAAGGCCCUCCAGGGCAUGACCACACUGGAACGCCAAAUGGAGGCUGCGAUCCAUAGUAUGGACACCUCAAAGCUAUUGAAUACUCUCAAUAGCUCGCCUUCGAUAACGUCGCGUACAGAUUCAAAAUCCUCAAUACCAAUGUCCGAGCUUUUAUCCGAUUCAUCGCUCCUCGACACUGCCGAAAUUUCACCCCUGGAAGCUCUCGAUUGGAUCUCAAGGAUACGGGCCAUGUAUACUCAGGAACUAAACGUUAAGCAGGCCCAGAUUCACCCGUCCAUGACCUCUCUAGAUCGAUUCGAGACCUUAGUGGAUCUACAAAGGAAUUGGGGCCUGCAAAAGCGGAUAGAUUUUAGCCUGGAGCAGGAGAUUGUGGAGAGGAUCAAGGCGUAUCGGCGCGUGCGCGAGUUUUCCUCUAGAGCGUAAUACAUAUUGGAUUCGGCGCAUGAGAAAUAAAGCAUUUCUGUUGCUGACAAGCGAGCGAACAGGCAACAAGGG